UCAGACCUAAAUUUCAAUUAAGUCGCUAGGAGGAGUACAAACAAAAAGUGAUUUAAUAAUUAAUUAAAAAUUGUGCACAUGUUGUUUGUUGUGAAUGAUUGACACUAUCCAGCAAUGGUUAUGGAUAAGACGAAAAACAUAUAUGCAUGGAUAUGAUGCUCACAUAUUUCUUGUUAGCCAGUCUGACUCUUGUAUUAAUUGAGAGCGCCUGUGAGUUUCCCUCUGAAUUGAGAGGAUAUGAUUGGUACACGACUAGUAAUGGGAAAGUAACAAUACCGUCUGAUGGCAGUACUAUAGGAAACUUUAUCUCUGCAAUAAAGAGCGGGGAAGAGCUUACUUUAACUUGUUCAGAAUAUGACAACGACACAGAUCGUUACAUUAGCACCGCAACCUUUAAAGUAUUCAGUGCAGUGGAUAAUCUCAAAGCCUUUUUCUGUAUGAAGUUUACAAAGAUUACAUCAAUGAAGUAUAUUAUGACGUAUGACAGCGACAUUGAUAGUACAUCUUUAGUUAGAGUAGUUGUGAUCAACAAUAUCACCGGAACUCUAACACCAAGUGAAGCAUGCGCACUAACCAGUUCACAGCCGGUGGGUACACAGGAAUUAUUGGUUCGUUCAGAUUCUGUCUCUCCGUCAGCUAUAAGCUGUCCAACAUCUAUACAGUAUUAUUUAAGUGCUACUAUUCAGUCCAGUGGAUGUAUUGAGAACUACAUUGACGGUACUGCUAAAGUUACACAACAUACAUACACAUAUGCAUCAUGUGUCACAUCAAAGUACACGUCUGGUGGUAUAUUUGACUGUAUGUAUUCAGUCACAGACGAACCAUAUACUUAUUUGACUGUUUUUAACAAUGAUACAACGGCUGAUGAAUCUUCAACAUUUAGAUAUUUAUGUUAUGUAAUUUGGAAUUAUGGUCAUGUUGUAUACUAUACAUAUCAUCCCCAAAUCUGUCAACCUCUGCAGACACCGAUAUUGAAGGCAACUAAUGGGGUGGCGGUUGUAGCUUCUAAUAAUAUGUCAAAUAAUGUUGGUAGCCAAAUAGCUGUUGGUGUAAUACUGAGUUUACUGCUGCUUGCCUUGAUUGUGUUGACAAUUGUUUUGUUGGUCCUUUUUCUGAGAGGACAAAGGCGAAAUAAAGCAGUCAGAAUUGUUGAAGAGAAACAAAUUAAAAAAAGCAAAUCAGAAUCUAAAUCAAAGUCUUCAGAUACAAAAGCAAAACAUGACGAAAAGAAGAAACACAAGAAACCGAAAAAGAAGAGGAUAGCCAAUGAGCAAAAAACAGAUCAAAACCAAAACCUGAAUGCGUCUUUAAGACGAACAGAAUCAAUGAAAGAACAAGCUAAAGAAACAAAACUAAAAUGGACAGAUUUUGUUGGUAUCAGUGGAAAUGUAAAUGGUUUUGAUAAGCCUGAAUGGCAAGUAAGAUGGGAACAACACAAGGAUCCUGACUGGAAUAAAUCUAUAAGUUAUGAAGAUUCAGAGACGGCGAGGAGUAGUGAUUCUAUUACUAGUACAAGUAAAAUUAUAUGGGUGACACCAGAUAAAGAAGAACAGGAAACAACUAGAGCAUUAUGGGAAAAGGUAUACCGAUUGUGGUAUGAACCUAGGAAAACUAUUCCUGAUAAUAAAUUUCAAGAAAUGCAGAAAUUGACGAAACUUUCGAUGCCUAAACAUGUCAGAUUCAAAGGAAAUGAUAAAUGAAUUUAUUUUUUUUUUAUUUCGACCAAUAUUCCCGAAACUAUAUUGAUUCUGAUCUUGCCAGUGCAACAACAACUUUGUUUGUACAGUUGUCUUAUUGUUACGGUGUAUGUUUGUUUUUUAAUUUAUUUUUCAGUUUUCUUUUACUAUUUAUAUGAGAGAUUUGUGCAUACCAUUAAUUAUGAUUUUGUUAUUCGUACUCUUUGUCUUGUGUUUUUGAAAAGGAAAAUCUGUUGAUUAUUAUUUCUUCUUUUUU